GUGUUAAUGUUCAUUGGUGAUGUUACUGUCGUUCGAUUUACCGACAAAUUUUUAAAUUUCUCAUAAGUUUCCAACAUGUUGAAAUACAUAGUACUUUGUUGCACGAUGCUUGUCGCAAUAUUUGCCGAACCACCUGUUCAAGGCGUGAAACCGACGAAUUUACUAGGGAGUUCCGAUCAACAUGCAUCUUUCAGUUUUAUUAGACCAGGUUUAACGCAAACUGCUUUCGCGUUCAGUGGCCCCAGUUCUCACCAGUCGUUCAGUUCCAACAUUGGAAAUCCUCAUUUAGCACAAAGAGUUUUUCCUAACAUUGCUAAUGCGCUUGCUUAUAGAAAUCCUGGCUUAGGAACGUUUCCAGUUGGUUCUAUUGCAAAUGGCUAUGCGACUGCACCAGUUCCACCUGCAUUUGUCUCUGGAGCACCUGUACCAUUGCCCUAUCAAGCUCCUGUAGAUCCUGCUGCCUCGGCUUAUUAUAAACAGUUACAGCAAUUUCAGCAACCACAAUUGCAUGGUUAUUCUGCAGCUGCCCUUUAUCAAGCACAAUUAGCACAGCUUCUUGCAUUAAGACAAGCCCAAGCACAAUCUCAAGCGCAGGUGCAAGCUACGCAACCACAACAACAGGUCCCCGAACAGGUAGAAUUGCAACAGGAGGAACAGCAACAACCCCAAAAUUUAUUAGGGAUUGCUUAUUCCUCUGCGCCUUCGGUAGCUCGUGUCAAAGUUACUGGAAAUGGCUAUAAAUUUGACUUUUAAGCAAUACAAAUAUAUUAUACGCGUAGUUUAAAUUUUAAUACGUUGU